AUGCGCGAUAUCUUCUUUUCAGGAGAUGUUUGCUCAAAAGAGAGGCAGCUGGUACCCUCCAUAGCUGUCACGCUCUCUUCCGGGUUUAAACCAAUGCGUCAAAGUCCUCAGUUUCUGGGACCUGAAGGGAUCGUGGAUGUUGACUUGAUUGAUAAGAGUGUAAACAAAUACAGCGUCCACUUCCAAGCCACAGGCCUCGCUUUGCGGGUAAGGGCGGUGGUGACUGUGACGAUCCCAUUCGAUUCUUGGAGUCAGCACCUGGCCCCAGACCUACAGCACCACGAGCAGUGGAUGGUGGCGGGCCCUUUGUUGGACAUCUCCGUGGAGCCUGGAGAGGCCAUUGCAGAAAUCUACCUCCCUCCUUUCAUCUCCCUCCCAGAUGGCGUGGGUGUCUCCUGGUUCCACGUCACCCGUUUUAAAGAUGAAGGCAUGGUCCUGGAGCCACCAGCCCGCGUGGAGCCUUUCUACGCAGUCCUGGAAAACCCCAGCUUCUCUCUGAUGAGAAUCCUCCUGAGGAUUGCCAGCGGGACCCGUCUUUCCAUCCCCAUCACAUCUACGACACUGAUCAGUUAUCACUGGAACCCCAAAGAGAUUAAAUUCCACUUGUAUUUACUUAUCCCCAGCAACACCUUGCUAACCAAGGCAAUAGAUGGAGAGGAAGCAAGUUUCCAUGGUGUGCGUCUGCAGAGCUCAGCCCCCGUGGAAGCCCUGAACUUUGGAUCCCGUUAUACUGCGUCUUGUACCGCUAACGUGGACAUAGCACCCAAGGAGUUCAAAUUGUCCUACAGAAACCCUGGAGAAAUCCAGCCUUUCUCUAAAGCCUAUGCUGGGAAGAUGAAGAAACUGAUCCGAUUUAAAAUUACAGAAAAAAGACAUCAGACUUUAGUCUGGGAGACUUUGGUGAAGCCAGUGGAUCUCCAGUUUGGUGCUGCAUCAACCCCUGUCUCCCUGUCAGGUGCAGCCUUUGUGAAGAAGCGACGCCGGCCGCUGCAAGCCCGGAUAGGGGACCCUGAUGGGGUCCUGGACGAUCUUCAGGACACUGAGGUCCUCACCGAGGGUGAGAAGGGGCUGGUGUAGCAGGAGCCAAGGUGGCAGAAGAGAAACAAGACCCUGCUGAAGACAGUGGAUCAGAAAGGGGAUGGGGCCCUGGAGUUGGUCUUCAGAAGCGUUAGUGAACGAGACCCUUACCUGAUGCGCUUCCUCAGCUAG